AUGAAAAAACAGAAUCCGAAGAAAAUAUUGACAGGUACCGUGGUGUUUGCUCUUUUUAUUGCAGGAUGCAGUAGAAGCAGCAGUGAUUUCAACGAGCAAGAGUGGACCCAGGCGGGGCCCUCUAGAAGAAAGGACAGCGAAAGCAGUGAUAUAGAAUAUCUAGGCCACAGUUAUCCUGCACCGAUGAUAGAUAAUACCAUUGUAGUCUGCAAUAAAAGCUAUGCCAAUAUCGUAGGCAGAAUAUCGAAUCAGUGCAGUGCACCUGUGCAGUGCAAUGAAAGACCCAGUGUGAUUAAGCACACGUCCAAUUAUCUUACUGAAACCAACAGGCUAUCAAUGGGAGAAAAAAGAAAAGAGAGCGAAAUGGGAAGUCCAGCGAAUAGCUGCACAGACCAGUUCACACCAGAGAAAAAAAGACAAAAGAGAGACAGCUCGCUAGAAAGCAUACCUGAUAAUGUCUCUCACCAAAGCGAGAUUUGCAUUAUGCCAGAAGACAGUGAACAGCCAGCCCAGGAUGAUCAGGCAGAGCAGUCCGCAGAAAAAAGUGGAGAAAAGAAGGAUAUAAAUGAAUUUAACAUCAAUCUAUGGAACGUCAUGAGCCAGCGGCUGGAAAAUAGAAGAAGAAAGUCCCAUCGAAUAAACCACAAAACGGUUUUUAUGCACUACCAUCUUGACAACUACAUAAAGAAUAUCAUAAAGACAAGGGGAUACAAAGAAAAUGUCAGAAGGAGCAUUGAGGACUUUGCUGCAAACGUUGCUCCUCUAAUAAAAAUUAAUCCAAUGUGGCACUUCAUUUCAAGCAAGUCCACACACAUAUACACAAAGUACAAAGAUCUUUUGGGGCUUCAAGAGUUCUUCAGAUACGGAGAGAAUAAGCACCGAGAAAUACUGGAAGGCAUCCAAGGGUACUAUCCCGCCAUAUUUGACGACAUGAUAGCAUACAUAGAAAAGCACCAGCCGCUGAUGGUUAAAAAAGACGACUUUGAAACUGCGUGGAAAGAAACACUGGGAGAUGUCUACAUGCGAAAGCCUCUUACGCUAAAAUACUCUAUGCUAGAGGAUUUGAACAGCAUUGAGCAGAUGGACAAAAAGUACCAUCCCCUGGCACAGGCUGUGCACAUGGUUCUUGUGCUGCCUGAGGUGUACCAGGACUUCUCCGGCAUCACUGAUCUGUUCAUAAGAUGGACUAAAGUCUCAGAAAAUCGGGAUGUAAACUCAAACUACCAAAAAGUUCUAUUGAGGAUAAAAAGAAUAGUGCACUUAAAUAUAAAAAAAGAGACAAACUACAAACUAUACGAAGAGAUAUACAGCUGUCUUGAAGAAGAAUACGAAAAAGAAAAAAAGCCAAUGGAAGAAAGGACAGCGGCUGAGCUGUAUAAAGACCUGUACACAAUCCUUGUAAAGUUCUACGAAGAAGCAGCAGUUUUUGACAAACAAAACCAAUAUAUUCUCGUGGGGAAGUGCAUAAUAACAGGCCAGAAGUACAUGAAGUGCGAGAAGCUAGUAGAUAUAUCCCAAGAUGUUUCGCGCAAGGGCCUUGCAACUCCUGCAUACACAGAAAUAGAGAACAGAUGGACGGUUUCAUCUGAUAUAAGCCCACACUACCAUGUGUACUAUGUAGACAAUACAACGCACCAGCUUAAAACGCUGUGCAUGCCCAUCUACGUGGAUAAAAAGGGACAGAAACACUACCUGCACACAGUUGAUGAGAUAGUAGCGCAUAUUAAGAGUCUAUAUAAGAUAAAGAUAAACCUAGACCAUGUGCAUCCGUUUAAAGUAAAGAAAGGGACUAAAGAGUGGACAUACGUCAAGAAAAAAGACAGAAGUCUGAGAGUGAAAGAUCUGGCUGGAUAUGAAGUGGUGUUCUACUACAUUGAAGAAGACCUAGAAAAAGCAAAGUUUACAUUUGCAUACUUCAAGCCUCUAAAGACCCAAAUCAGCAGCAAAAACAUCCACAUACCGCUCUUUCUUGCGCCUCUGAUGCAGUCUGCUGUGGAGUUUGGGCCUUUUGAAAAAAAAGGAGAGCAUCAAGAGAUAGAGUCGAUAGAUUUUGUAGAUAAAAAGCCCAGUGCGUACAAGUACAGCAGUGGCUAUGCAACUAAUGAAUACUCAGACAUACACAAGUACUACAGCAAUCUGUACAUACUGCCAGAUAAAGAAAAGAAAAAAAGCGCUGGAUGCUACUUGAUGGACUGCAAAACCACUAAAAAAGAAAAUAACAUAAUUAAAGCUGUGUGGCAUGUGAGAAUGCAGAGCAGUGUGGAUGAGUACACAAACUUUCUACUAGAUAAAAGCUUUAAAGAGGAAGAAGACCCAGAGAAACUGGGUGAUUUUAUUAAUACACUCGAGUCAAGAGAGUACAACAAGGACAGCGAGCUGCAGGGCUUUUGGCUUAGAAAUAGCAAUGCGCUAGACAUGCAGUCUGCGGCUCAGACAGAGACUGUACAUACAUGGAUAGUGAGCCAUCAAGAGAAGAACCAUACUUUUAAGGCGGGCCUGCAUAGGAUAAACAUUCUCAAAAAGAAGAUAAGGAUAAUAGAAAAGAAGAUUGCAAGGAAAAAAGAAAAGAGAUCAAAUUUUUUAGUAUGGAAGGGUAAAAAAGACAGCAGCACAGGAGGAGGAAAAAGUAUGACAAACAGAGAAAGCUGCCAAAAGAGCAAAGAUAGCAAAAACCUAGAAAUCCUACACAAAGAGCUGCGCGAAGCAGUGUCUGAGAAGCCAGAUGAGUAUGCAGAGGUUAUAGUGUUCCGCAAUGUGAAUGAUAGCAAGUCCAACCUAGGCACACACAACGAGAUUCUCGACGUUUUAAUCUCAUGGUAUAACCAAAAAAAGAGUAGAUGA